AUGUUUCGUGGCCUGCAAUCAGCUCGAUCCGCUGCCACCACCUCGGGUGACGUGAGGGACAUGAACGGGGCUUGUUCUCUUUCAGGUGACCUGCCCAGCCCCAAACCCAGGGAAGCUGCCGGGCAGAAAAGCUGGCUGAUCAUUGGCAUUGGAGUCAUAACCGUUGCGCUGAUUGUUGCUGUGGUCGCGAUACUUUUCCUCGUGAGAUGGCCUCCAGAAUCCAACCUGCCUCAUGUCUCCACAUCAGCCCCGCAAAUUGCAAAAUGCCCUGGGGCCUGCUGCCCGGAUGGCUGGGUCGGGUACCGAGGAAAAUGCUACUAUUUCUCGGACGCUGAAGGGACCUGGAACUCCAGCCAGAGUUUCUGCUCCUCGUUCAAUGCCUCCCUGGCUGGGAUUGACACGGAAAAAGACCUGACGUUCAUCAUGCGCUAUAAAGGCAUCUCUGAGCACUGGAUUGGCCUGAAGCGUGUAUCAGAUCAGUCCUGGCAGUGGGUGAACAGCAAACAGUUCAACAACCUGUUUCCGGUGAGAGGAAAAGGCGACUGCGUGUACCUGAGCGACAGCUUUGCCACUUCAUCCUGGUGCCACACACAGCGCUACUGGAUCUGCAGCAAACCUGACGGGAUGCCAAGAGAGGAUGUGAUGCCGGGGGGUUGACAGGAGA